ACAGGGCUACCUCAGCACAAAAAAAGUGCUGCCAGCAAAGCAUGAUCUGUCCUAGGAAGGCAGAACAUCAUGAGUGGCAGAGGGCAAAAGAUAGCUCCUCCAUCUGACCAGGUCUGAGAGAUGAUACCUAAGCUGGUGUCUGAUGCUAUACUAUAACCUGCACUUGCUGUGCCAUACUUAAAACUGCUUCACUGUAAAGAAGACAUAAAUGCAUUUCAUCUGUAGUGUUCUUUGUUCGCAGCAAUAAAAGCUAGAAGCAGAAUUGCAGUUUUUCAGCUUAAGGAAGAUUUCUGCAAACAUGGCAUCUGAACACGCAGACAAUGUUACUGCUCCGUCAGACCCUUCGACAAGUUGUAAGGAUGAAAAUUUCUUACUGGUGAAAUCCUACCUCUCUGCCUUUUACGGCCUAAUUUUCCUGGUGUGCUUCCCAGGGAACAUUGUGACCAUUUUUGUUUACUUUGUCAAGAUGAGGCCCUGGAAAGGCAGCACCAUCAUUAUGUUAAACCUGGCUGUCACUGACCUGCUGUAUGUAGCUACACUUCCUUUCUUUAUACACUACUCUGCUAAUGGAAAUAAUUGGAUUUUUGGAAACUUCAUGUGCAAAUUUAUUCACUUUGGCUUCUACUUCAACAUGUACAGCGGUAUUAUCUUCCUUAGCUGCUUCAGCAUCUUCCGCUUUCUUGUAGUCGUCUACCCAGUUAGAUGCUUUUUCAUUCGAAAGAAGAGAUGGGCAGUGGUGACUUGCACAGUAAUUUGGAUGAUUUCACUGGCAAUGAUUAGCCCCUUUGGCACCUUGAUCUCCAUUAAGCAUACACAGAACAGGACAAUCUGCCCAGAUCUGUCUUCUGCAGAGGACCUUGACACUACUCGAUGGUAUAACUGGCUGCUGACGAUAUUUGCCUUCUUCUUGCCCCUGGUGACGGUAACUCUGUGCUACGCACUCAUUAUUCAAGCCUUGGCCACAGGGCCCCAUACGCAGGCUUGCUACAAACAGAAGGCUCGCAGACUUGCCAUCGUCCUCUUGGUGGUCUUCUACGUGUGCUUUCUCCCCUUCCAUGUCUUUCAGAUGAUUCGGAUUGAGCUUCGUGUGCGAGUGGCUAACUGCAAUAUCAAGAAUAUGAUCCUUUUUACAUUUAUUCUAACUAAACCUUUAGCAGCAUUAAAUACGUUUGGAAACUUGUUGCUCUACGUAGUGGCAGGAGACAGCUUCCAGCAUGCAAUCUUCUCACUCCUCAAGUUUUGGACACACAAGAACUUGAAAUAGAAAAGGCUGAUGCUAUGCAGAGAGAGUCCAAAUCUGCCUUUAACCAGGCAGGCAGAACCUCUCCUUAGUCAAAGUACUCAGGCUCUCACUGCCAAUGCUAAAGGAGAAUUUAUGUGUUCUGUGUUUUAGAGUUACACAUCGUCAUAACA